CCUAUUUAAACGCCGUACACUGUGCGUGAAAUAGAAAGGCACGAAUGAAUUCAAGAGCAUUUUGAAUAAACUUACGUUAACAUCGUUAACACAGUAGUUGAUACUAUAUAAACAGGUUAUUGAACAGGUUAUUUUGCGGAACGUGGUUAUCACGCAGACUUAAAAAAUUAAGUAAUUUAGCUGUGGUUCAGUUUGCACCAUGUAUCACUGAUUUUGUGGCUUGGACAAAACGUAGCGUGUAUCGAUUAAGGGGUGUGGUCUGCAGGAUUUCUUCCUUCGGAGAGACCUGGUGCUGUGACGCAAGACGUGACAGAAAGUCUGUCUAACGGGGACAGAGGAAGAGAGGAGGUUGCAGUUCAUGGGUGGCGCAGUUUGCGUGCUAAUAAAGUUUAUUUUACAACUGAAUAUAGCCAUCAUUUGAGAUAAAACAUGGUUCAAGCUAGAGACAGAUUCGAUAAGUUCCUACACGAGAAAAAUGUUAUGACCGACAUCUUGGCAAAAAUUGAGGCGAGAACGGGAGUAAAACGAUUGUAUAUUGCACUCGCUGUCACAGCCUUCGUUGCAGUAUAUCUGGUGAUCGGGUAUGGAGCUUCCCUGCUGUGCAACCUCAUCGGGUUUGCCUACCCUGCGUAUAUAUCAAUUAAAGCCAUUGAGAGCAGUGACAAAGAUGAUGACACAAAAUGGCUUACCUACUGGGUUGUGUAUGGUGUGUUCAGCGUGGCUGAGUUCUUUGCUGACAUUUUCCUGUCCUGGUUCCCUUUCUAUUACACAGGAAAGUGUGCUUUCCUGUUGUGGUGCAUGGCUCCAACUCCUUCUAACGGCUCCAUCCAGAUCUACACACGCAUCAUACGCCCUUUCUUCCUAAGGAAUGAGGCCAGGAUUGACACCGUAGUGAAGGACAUCAAAGACAAAGCAUCAGAUGCCGCAAAUAAGAUUAAAGAUGAGGCCAAGAAAGCCACAGCAAACAUCAUUUUUGAAGAAAAGAAGAGUUCUUAAACAGCUCUGGGACAGAGACCACUUCAACUGCUAUAUAUCCCUAAGGACGAUCACAAGCCUGGAUACAUGUUGCCUUUACUAUUGUUCUUAUUAUUUUGGGGGGGUUUAUAAACAACUGGAAGAUUACACCAGGCUUUGCUGCCCUUUUACUGUCUGUAAAAACUGUAGUGAUAACAGUACAAAAUGAGUUUAAAUAUAUAGUGUAUGUAAUUGAAUGCCAAUGUUGUUUACCAGCUGUGCUUUAGUCCCAAUAAAUGAAACUCUCCCAUG